UAGUUUCUGUUCGUCAUGUCUGGCCGCGGAAAGCAGGGAGGCAAAGCUCGCGCUAAGGCCAAGUCUCGUUCUUCUCGGGCGGGUCUUCAGUUCCCAGUGGGUCGGGUGCACCGUUUGCUCCGUAAAGGUAACUACUCUGAGCGAGUCGGUGCCGGGGCACCGGUCUACUUAGCGGCCGUACUGGAGUACCUGACAGCUGAGAUCCUGGAGUUGGCUGGUAACGCGGCCCGCGACAACAAGAAGACGCGUAUCAUUCCCCGCCAUCUUCAGCUGGCUAUCCGCAACGACGAAGAACUCAACAAAUUGCUGGGCAAAGUCACCAUCGCCCAGGGAGGUGUUCUGCCCAACAUUCAGGCCGUGCUGUUGCCCAAGAAGACCGAGAGUCACCACAAAGCCAAGGGCAAGUAAAAAGGGCUCAUGAGAGACAGCCGAAA